AAGAUGGUCAAAGACCAAGAAGACUGAGGAUUGUUUCCAGGACAGAGGAGAAGGGAGAAAAAGAAAUUAUUCAAGAAAUGGGGUCUUCAUCGUCUCCAUCAAGUAAGGAUGAAGAGGCUGAUGAUCCCAACUACUGCUCUCGCAGCUCUCCCCGGAACCUCUUCCAAGAAGCCGUGAUAGCCAUCCUCCGGUGCUUAGGGUUCGAAAGAGAGAACAUGACAUCCCAACAGGUCGGGAGCGGUUUGAGUGGUUCUGCGGAGAAGGAGAGUGAGGGCAAAGAGAGAGAAUCAUCUUCUCCUCUGCAGCCGAAGGAAGAGGGAGAUCAAGGUAAAGGAGAUGAUGGAGGAGGAGCUGCCUCAGUCUCCUUGGUGGAGUAUGACCCACAAUCCGAGGAGGUUGGCGAUCCACCUGCUGCUGGUGCCGAGGAUGAUCCACCCUUUGUAGCACAAGACGAUGAUCCUUCGGCAACAACGGUACUUGCAUUUCGGAAACCUACAGGACCUCCCAUAGAUACAGGAAGGGGUGGGCAAACCAACUAAUUCAAUCUAUUCACAUAUGCAUAUUCCCUGAUUUCCUGUGAUUAAUUCUUAUCAUCAUAUUUCCCUUUUUUUGACAUGCUCUGGGUUAAAUUGGUUUUUCUCUUCGGUUUUGGAGUUUGUUGCUCGUUGUGUCGUUACUGAUUGCUGUUACUAUUCGUUUUUAAACUUUCGGUUGCAUCUUUGCAUGUUGUAUGUAUUUGUGUUCCCAUGGAUUAACUCUGUGUCUGUUGUGCGUACAUUGAAUGUAGAGAUAGAUGUACACUUUCUUACCUUCUGAUAUGAAAACAAUGGACUAUGAGCAUGGUCA